UGAAUUGAAUGGAAGAUCUUUGUAAUCUUUGUGAGAGGUGAUAUUAUAUUAUAUAUAUCUACGUACCUGCCUACGGCUAGUGGUGUUGAUUUAAUUUAUUUGAAUAUCCUACUAUACCUAGGUAUAUAUCGAAUCAUUUUGCAAAAUUUAAGGCUAAGAUUAAUUGUUAGUUGAAUUCGUCUUCUAUUUCUUCUAAUUAUUUAUUAGUCUUGAUAUUGGAUAUUCAGAUACACAUACCUAGGUAUAUACACAAGGAAACAGACCGAAUGCUCCAAUAAUUACAUUAUGGCAAAAUCCUUAUCCUCAUCCCUAUUCUCAUCCUCAUCUCCAUCCUCCUCAAAAUCCAAAACAAAAUCCCACCCACAGCCUCCAUCCUCAUCCUCAUCCUCAUCCUCAAGGUAUACCCCUUUCCCCCUCCCUCCUCGCCCAACCAAAACCUAACUAACAAACCCCUCUUCCUUCAGCACCCACAAAAUCCUUACAACACUUCUCUUUCCCACUACACAAAAACAUCAUACGAUUGGACGGGGUACACCAGGUCAAGGUAUUACGCCUUGGAUGAAUAGUGGUGAUUUGCGGAUUUUGGGCGGGAGAAGAGGGAAAUUGGAUCAGGUGGAUCCGGAGAGUUUGACGAGUUUUUGUUGAUUUGGGGGAGUGGGUUUUUGGAUGUUGUAGGUUGAGGAAUGGGUAGCGGAGCGGAGAAGGCAGUGGGAGGGGAG